UUCCCAUUUCCGGUUAGAGCUCUAUUCCGGCAACUGUGGCGUCUGUCAGCUGCAGAUCAAAAUGUUCAAACUGAAGCUACUUCCUGCAGCUGCAGUAGGGCUAUCCAUAUUGGCUCGAAGAUAUUCUGGAUUUGCUAAUCGUGCCCCCUCAAGACGAAGGCUUAUGGUUGCUGCAUUAGUUGGUGUGACUGCAGCUUCAGCUAGCACUGGAAUCCUUUGGAAGAGUGCUUCAGCUGAACCUGCUUCAUCAGUGAAGCAAAAUCCUAAAGCAGGCCAUAAUGUUAAUCUUGAGGAGACUAAUAAAGACCAUCUUGAUGAUGAUAAAGCAGUUGAAUCAAGUGAAGAGGACGUUCAGGCUGAAGAGGGCAAGAAAAAACAACGAUCUGGGUUCCGAGACCGCAAGGUUAUGGAAUAUGAAAACCGUAUUCGAGCUUAUUCUACACCAGACAAGAUAUUUCGCUACUUUGCCACCCUGAAGAUCAUCAAUGAAAGUGGAGAGUCUGAGGUUUUCAUGACCCCUCAAGAUUUUGUCCGGUCCAUAACACCCAAUGAGAAACAACCUGAGAAUUUAGGGCUGGAUCAGUUUGUGGUAAAACGCUAUGAUGGCAAGGAUUUUUGGCAGACAGAGAAAUUGUCCCAGGAACGUGAGAAGUUUGCUGAUGAAGACAGUAUAUUUUACACUCUAGGAGAAUGUGGACUCAUCUCAUUUUCAGAUUAUAUAUUCUUGACUACCGUCCUCUCCACUCCGCAAAGGAAUUUUGAAAUUGCCUUUAAGAUGUUUGACCUGAAUGGAGAUGGAGAGGUUGAUAUGGAAGAGUUUGAACAGGUGCAGAGCAUCAUUCGGUCUCAGACUAGCAUGGGCAUGCGACACAGAGAUCGAUCUACCACAGGCAACACCCUGAAAACUGGUUUUAGCUCAGCAUUGACCACCUACUUCUUUGGGGCCGACUUAAAAGGAAAACUAACAAUUAAAAAUUUCCUGGCAUUUCAGAGAAAGCUGCAGCAUGACGUCUUGAAAUUGGAGGCCUUUUCUGUACACUAUAACUACCUGCAGAAACCUUUCAGGUCAUUAUUGCUGACACAGUGGCUGUCUGAGUCAAUGCAGGACCUCUGA